AGUUGCUCCCCAAAUUUGAACUCGGACGCUCCGAUCGUUCUCCUCUUCCAACUGGAUUUUCUCCUAUACUGCCAAUGUUGUUCACCAGUAUGUGGAAUGCGAAACGCGGGAAGAAUAUGGACUUCACGAGGCUGCUGAGAAGACGCAUAUCUCAGUCAAGCAGGUCUGUUGUAGACAUGGCUGCUAAGGAUGGAGAACUGAGAGUGUUCAUUGUAGCUGGAGAGGUUUCAGGGGACACCAUUGGUUCUCGUCUUAUGUCGUCUCUGAACAAGCUUUCUCCUGUACCAAUCCGUUUCACUGGUGUGGGAGGGUCCUUGAUGUCCAAGCAAGGACUGAAAUCUCUGUUUCCUAUGGAGGAUAUUGCUGUAAUGGGGAUUUGGGAGUUGCUGCCACAUCUGUACAAAUUCCGAAGGAAAUUGAGUGAAACUAUUGAGGCUGCUCAUCUAUUUCAGCCUCAUGUUGUUGUUACUGUGGAUUCGAAGGGGUUUUCUUUUCGUUUACUUAAGCAAUUGCGAGCUAGGUACAGUCAACAAGGGUCAGAUGGUCCUGUGCACUUCCAUUACGUAGCACCAUCAUUCUGGGCAUGGAAAGGGGGUGAAGCAAGACUCAGAGGCCUGGCCAAUUUUGUUGAUCAUAUCUUGUGCAUACUUCCAAAUGAGGAAGCUGUUUGUAGAUCAAAUGGUCUGGUCGCAACAUUCGUCGGCCACCCCAUUCUAGAAGAUGUUUUGCAGUUGCAUUCGGGGAAGGAAAUGAUGCUAAAUGAAUGGAAGAUAGAAGGAAAUUGUGACAACUUUCGCGGUCAAUAUGCAGUACCUUCAGGUGCCACGUUAAUUUCCUUGCUUCCGGGAAGCAGAUUACAGGAGGUCACUCGGAUGCUUCCCAUCUUUGCAAAUUCUAUGCGGCUGUUAAAGGACUCUUUUCCCGAGCUGAUAACAGCCAUCCAUGUGGCACCUAAUCAGCACGUAGCAGACUAUGUUGCCGCUGCUGUUCAAAAGUGGCCUGUGCCAACUAUAUUGAUUCCAGGAGGAUCUCCAGCCCUGAAGUACGACUCAUUCAGUGCAAGCAGGGUUGCAUUAUGUACUUCAGGGACGGUAGCUGUGGAAUUGCAGCUGGCACGGUUGCCAUGUCUUGUUGCCUAUCGAGCACACAUCCUAACUGAAUGGUUUAUUCGUUAUAAGGCAAAGAUACCGUACAUCUCACUUCCUAAUAUAUUGUUGAAUUCAGCUAUCAUUCCUGAAGCCCUCUUUCAAGCAUGCACGCCUUCAAAUCUAGCUUCUUUGCUAACGGAACUAAUAAACAACGACGAGCUUCAAGAAAAGCAGAUUAUUGCUGCUGAAAAGUUUGUCAAAUAUUUAUACCCUUCAAAUAUGAAAGUCUUAGAUCUGGAGGAUGUGAGAUGGAAGAGCAAUCACGGCCCGAGCAUGCUAGCAGCAUCCACCAUACUUUCUCAUCAAAGACGUGAGGCUUGAGUGACUGAUCUGGCAUUAACUUAACUCGAGCAGGUCCCAACCACUCGAUUGAGAUGGAAGAGCAAUCUGUACUGGACCCUGGUGUUUCAAGUCACAUUAGCAAGUAGCAACAAAACAGCUUGUUAACUUAACUCGAGCAGGUCCCAACCAUUCGAUUGAGAUGGGAAGAGCCUUGUAAUUAGCAAUAGUUGUGAACAGAAGAUGUUGCAGUUGAAUUUCUUGCAUCUGACUGUAGAUUUACGCAUGAAAUGCUAAUUGUGAUAGUUUAAUUGAUGAAUCUCUUUGGGACUAACCCGUAUGACCUCGGGAGGUCCUGAGUUUGAUUCCCACUAAGAUGGUCACAUGAGUAAUUCCUUGUUAUCAUAUGUGAAACUUUUGUGCGCGGAAAUAA